AUGGUUUCGGCGUCUCUCAAAGCCGUGACGCUGACUUACGUCCAGUACCAGAGAGGCGACCAACUGGGUCACUUCCUCGCUUGGAUUUCCCUCGUCCCAGUAUUCAUCAGCUUCGGCGGCUUCUUCUGCCACUUCUUCUUCCGCCGUGAACUCCAGGGCAUGUUCUUCUUCGUCGGCCUUGUAAUCUCCCAGAUCAUCAACGAGCUCAUCAAGGAUUUCUUCCAGCAAGCUCGGCCGGAAACCUGCGCUAUACUCGAGAUGUGCGAUUCGCACGGGUGGCCGUCGAGUCACUCGCAGUACAUGUUCUUCUUCGCUACAUACUUCACCCUCUUGACUUACAAGGGGAUUGGGCUCUGGGACACCAAUAACAAGUUGGCGGUGGUUUUUCUUCCAUGGGUUCUGGCUUUGCUGACUAUAUAUUCGAGGGUUUAUUUGGGUUACCACACGGUGGCUCAGGUGUUUGCAGGAUCGGCUUUUGGAGUGUUUCUGGGGGCGGUGUGGUUCUGGGUUGUGAACUCUGUGCUUUACCGUAGCUUUCCGAUGAUCGAAGAGAGCUGGUUUGGGAGGUAUUUUUAUAUCAAGGAUACUUCUCAUAUACCCAAUGUGUUGAGGUUUGAGUAUGAUAAUGCGCGGGAUGCGAGGAGCAAACUGGCUGCCAAGAUUAACUGAAUUGAUGAAAGCUCAUUCGGGUAAGUUGCUCAAGAUAUCUGUCCAAUUAUUCGGAUUUUACUUGUAUGGAUGCGAUACUGUUCCGUUUGUAUUGCUUGAUUCGAAAAAUAAUUAAACUAGAAGCCAGUCGGACGGAUCAUUUGGAGUUUAGACUGCUCUUCUGUAUUAGAAAAGAGAGUGCGUUGUGAACGGAAUGUUAUAGAUUGAGAUUCUUACCGCAUGUUGACAAUUGUUUACAAUGUUUGUUCAGCACACAACAUUCAAUAGAAGUUGCGUAAAUUGUUCAGGACA